AUGGCCACCACAGACGUGCUGCAGCUGUUGCGGAAUUCGAUCGCGGCAGGGAAACCGCCCACCCUGACCAAAACCUCAGAUCCAGCGACGGCCGAAGCAAACCGAACAGACUCUUUUGUUGAAGCGACACACCUAUAUUUCACCCAUCCCACACCACUAUGCCUUCCGUUGGACACAGGAACGCGGUUUACGUCGACCACACCAGACACGGCUCAAGUGGACCUGCGUAGCAUAUUCUUUGCAUGGCAGCACAAAGAUGUCACAGUGCCGGAAUACAUUGCGCUCGCAGCGGAACUGGAUAAACAGUUACCAGAGGGGCAGAAGAUCCGAAACCUGGUCUUUGUGGAACGUCUGGAUUUGAUUACUUGGCUAGAAGGCGCGUCCGAAGAGUCGGAAUACAUCAAACCCGUCGAGGGUGCUGCGGUGGGAGAUGCUGCCAACAGGGCUGCAGAUGUAGCAGGUGGUGCUGCUGUUCCUACCGUUGGCGGCUCAGGCGUUGGGGUCACGCAGACUGUGGGCGGAAGACCCGUCAAGGUCAUUGAUGCCAGGCUUCAAGCAAUCUACAAUGGCGAACGAAAAAUGGGCGAUCAUAACACUGUCUUGAGGGGAAUCAAGCCUACGGAUUUCUCCCAUGUGCGCAAGUUCGCAGAGACGUUCCUUGGACGACGUAAAGGCGUCCCUUCGUCAAACAGACCUGGCCAGCCUUCCAAGUCUGCAGCACUGGCUGCUCGCCCAGCAGCGGGUAUUUCAAAACCUAUGCCCUCCGCCGUCUCGUCGAAACGAUCGGAUCCUAUCAUCCUCCUGUCCCCCUCCGCCUCCUCACUGCUCCGAAUGUCAAAUAUCAAGACCUUCCUGGACUCGGGCCUCUACGUUCCACCUGAUCACCCGACACUAUCGUCCCAAACGACGGCCAAUCUGUUGCAUAUCACCCGGACUCUUCAUUCCCUUAGCGAAAAGCCGUACCGGUUUAUCCUUGUUGACUCUCCAGAGCAGUUCAAGCCUGACUACUGGUCCCGUGUCGUGGCAGUCUUCACCACCGGCCAGAUAUGGCAGUUUCGAGGGUACAAGUGGAGGGAGCCACAAGAGCUUUUUGGCCACGUUCUAGGCAUUUAUGUAGGGGAGAAAGGUUUACCAAUCCCGUCGGAAGUCAAGGGCUGGGGCAGCAGUGUCAAGACCUUCGCGGUGGAGAGAUGGGACGAGCGAGCUCAUGGCGCCAAUGUAGAUCAAGACACCAGGGCUUCCAGGAGAUGGAGGGAUAGAGAGACUGUUGAAGAGGUAUGGAGAUCUAUCGAAGGUUUCAUGAGAGGCCGAGGAGAGUGGCGGAGGUAG